UUUUGGAUGGGAACGCAUCCAAAUGGACCAUCAAUAGUGCUUGGCAAAGGAAAAGAGAUUUUGUUGUCUGAGUGGAUUGAAUCAAAUAAAGAUGUUCUUGGUGAGGCAGUUAAAGAGGCAUUUGACAGCAAACUGCCAUUCUUGUUGAAGGUGUUAUCAGUUAAUAAAGCAUUGUCAAUUCAAGCACAUCCAAACAAAGUUCAUGCUGCCUUUCUUCAUAGGGAGAGACCUGAAAUAUACAAAGAUCCUAACCACAAGCCAGAGAUGGCAAUUGGUAAGAACAAGUGAAUUUAUGAAAAUACAGUCGAACCUCCCGUAAGCAACCACCCAAAAUGCAAAGACUGAGAGGUUGCUUAUGGGAGGUGGUCGCUUAAAAGAAUUGAACCACCGGGUGCCUCUUUAGUGAAGAGGUCCAGGCAAAUCUACUUUAUGUGGGUGUAUGUCCAUGUUGUUACUUAAGUUCUUCGUAUAUUCAAAGUAUCACAGCGCACAUGGCCGACAUAGAGAUCAGAGAAAGCUUUAAGUGGUGGCUUACAAGAGGUCAAAAACAAUAGAAAAUCAUGAAACUUUCAGGCCCAAAAAGUGGUCGCGGUCGCUUACUGGAGGUGGCCAUUUACCAGAGGUUCCAACUGUAAGGCUUUGACUGGGAAAGUUUUGGUGUUUUGGAUAAGUGGUCACUUAUGGGAGGUGGUUGCUUACAAGAGGUGGUUGCACAUGGAGGUUCAAUUGUAUUAUUGGGAAGAUAAUUACCAGAAAAUUUCAUCAACCUUCCUAUUGCAUUCUUUUCUGUUACAAACAGCUUUGACCCCUUUUGAAGGUCUUUGUGGUUUUCGCCCAUUGGCUGAAAUUCAGAGCUUUGUGAAGACCAUACCAGAGCUGGCUGCUGUCAUUGGACAAGAAGCAGCUGAUGCUGUUGCUACUAGUUCUUCAGGUUUGUGUAAUAAGUUAUUUUUUCCCUAAGAAGUCAGGAGAGGGUGUUUUUAUAGAUAGAAAUUGUAUGGAAUCUGCAUUGGUAUUUCUGGUACUGUGAGGGGUUGUGCUUUCGAUCUGUUUAGUCUGGGAUGUGGUGUAGAUUUCAUGGUCUAUCCUUGGCAUGCCUAUCAUUUUGUUUUUGUUAUCCCCAAAAAGGCCCUGGGUGAGGGGGGGGCGGGGGGGGUAGGAGGGGGGGGUCUCAUCACAAGUUCAUGAACUUGAAUUCGGCCACCUGUUUGGGUGAUCUCUGCAUGGCUAUAACUUCCCUACUGAACUGUGAAGUUACAUCUAAGACUCAAAAGUGAAAUUAAACCAAGCUGCCAGAUGCUAGUUAAGAUAGUUUGGCCAAAUUAAUGAUCAAUUUCUUCAAUUCAUCGUCAAUGUAUGUGUACAGUAUAGAGGAUUUUGACAGUUCAUGUUUCACGAAGUGCACUUCAAUCACAAUUCACAGAACAGUUUUUGAGUUAAUCACGAUUUACCGACACCAGAAAUUGUCGAUCGCGGCUUCACGAAAAUAAGCUUGCCCCCCCUGUCUUUGGUAAGUAUGUGGUACGGUAAGUAUGUCGGGUUUCACAGUACCUGGGUGGUGGUAAUGCCACUCUCAGGGUUGUCAAGGAUACAGAUUGCACUCUAGUUAGGCUUCAUCACCCUCACAGACCACAGACACCUCCCUUCCCCCUCAUGUGUCUCUGUUGAAAAAAUGAAGUGAAUGAAUUUUUCUCAGGUUCUGAUGGCCUAAAGAAAGCUUUCACUGCACUUAUGACAUGCAGCCCUGCUGUUAUCUCUUUACAACUCAAUAAACUGUUCAAGAGAAUCACAGAAAAGAAAUCCUCAGGUGAUGACUUGUCAAGUUAUUGUGGAGAACUUCUUCUGAGGCUAAACAGCCAAUUUCCUGGAGACGGUGGUUGUUUUUGUAUUUAUUUCUUAAACCACAUUGUCCUUAAACCUGGAGAAGCCAUGUUUCUUGGGCCAAACCUGCCUCAUGCCUAUUUAGCUGGAGGUAAGAACUACGAUGAUCUCACUUUGACUGAUAGGCUCCAUCCACAGUUUGUUUUCUGGAUAUUUUGCCCUGGACUUCACAAAAUUAGUUUUUGUGUUACCAUUACUUUGUCUUAGCCAGUGACAAAGUUGUUUCUUUAAAAACCUCAACAUCUUGAUUUUCAAGACUGGCAGUAUAAGUUAGUAGUCCAUCAUCGUCUGGAAAAUUAUUUUAACCUGCAAAAAAUUAACUUUUUAUGCCACAUCACAGAGGCUUCCCGAUUCUGAGAUCAGAUCAAAUGUUUCCAAGACCCAGGCUUGUGUAGCUAACAGCCAUCCCUACGUAAUUAGUAAUAAUUAAAUAUUUCAAUACUGUAUAUGAGCAUUUAACUUGGAGUUUAAUAAUAAGGCUAAGGUUUAACAGGAGCAUAAUAUAAUGUAUAGCUUAGUGGUUCUUCAAUCACAGCUACCAAUACUAGCCUCCGCUGCAGGCAACUCAGUUUGAAAUGGUUACACUGACCGUGGGGGGUCUGAGAACCAGUAAGGAAGAAGAAGAGGAGGAGGAGUCACUGUCAACGUAACUGUCAACGUCACUCCCUCUUCUCUCCCCAGUCUCCCACCCAUUCUCUAAGACAGGACAGUGAUGCCUGCAGAUAAGGCUAUACCAAUGCAAAAAGACACCUAUUUUCUCUUCGUUAAAGACUAAAAGUAAUUUUCAUUUUCUCUUUUUAUUAUUUCUUGGAUGUUCAGACUGUGUUGAAUGCAUGGCCUGUAGUGAUAAUGUCGUCAGAGCUGGAUUGACGCCAAAGUUAAAGGAUGUAGACACACUCUGUGAAAUGCUGGAUUAUAGCUGUCGCAGUAAAGAGGAGAACAUUUUCCCUUGCCAUCAAGAUCCAAAUGACCCUUUCACAACAAUUUACGAUCCUCCUGUCCCUGACUUUGCUGUAGCGCGGAUUCAGGCAAGUGAAAGUUCCCGGGCACACAUUACGUUGUUCUUCCAAAGAUCAGGACCCUGUAUUACUGUUAUUGUAUCCAGGGCUUUCACAAUGGAGGCCCUGUCAGGGGAGGGGGGGAAAUACACAUGCCUCUUGUCUGAAUGAUUUCAAAACCUGUCAGUUCACGUAUUUGGGAGGAAGUCAUCUCCCUGUCGGUAUUUUCUUGGCUUGUUUGCUUUUGUUUUUUUUCGCUGUUGGCUGUGUAGUUACAUAGUCUAGAUAGCCUUUGAUUUAAUAUCUUAUUUGUUGUAAAGCUUUACUUAUUACAUAAAUGUAAAUGUACGAAAAGUUUCCUACAGUAAAAUGUUUGAACGGACAAAGUUUCUGACAAAUAUUUUUUUGUUCGAAAGUUUUUCCGUCCGAACAUUUCUUAAGUAGCAAGUAAGUAGUUAAAACCUGCCCUCCCCACGGAUAAUUUAGGACCUUACGAUCCGACAACGGCGAUGCCAGUGAAAAAGUCGCUGAAACAGUAGACUUUGCUUCCUUUCAAACUUUUUCGCCCUUAUAUCAAGUCACACAGUUACUUGAAAGUAGGGAAAUUAGCUAGGCUGUAACUGAAGAAAGAGGACCGCGUAAAAAAUAGUGAAAUUUAUCGCCUUGACGUUGUCGUUCUCAAUUCGACUUUAAAAUUGGUCAUAUCACGUCGUAGUUGUGCAAGAAUGGUAAAGAAAUAAACAAAAAAGCGUGAUUCACGUGCAGAGUUGUUGUGUUGCUCACUAAGCUAUUGUUUUUUAGACGUUUCCGGUGCCGUCGCUGUCAUAGUUCCGUAAGGUCCCUAAUGACCCAGUCGUAACGCGUAAACAGCCAUCGCGCGUUCGGACCAUAUUGCGUUUAUGGUUUACUUCUAUUUUUUGGAUGGUUUCUGGUUUCAGUAUUGCGUGUCGAGUGAAAAAAAAUCUGGCACCUAAAGUAACCCAUCCUCGUAGACCUAGGGGCAGAUAGUGGGGGUAGGGAAAGUCUAAACGGGCUGAAAAGAAAAAAAUGGCGCGAAGAAAAGCAAACAACGGGGAGAUAGCCCCGCUUUACCUUUUUUUCGCGCCAUUUUUUUCCCGCCCGUUUAAACUUUCCGUUGCCUCCACUAUCUGCCCUUCCUUGGGUCUCCGAGGAUGAAAGUAACGAUGAAAAAAUAAGAAAACAAAAUGAAAUAGAUGCUAAAGAAAUCCCUCUCAUGAUUUGUAUUCUGCUUUAGAUUCCAUCAAGCUGUGCCAUGUACAAGUUCCAAGCUUUAAAUGGGCCAAGUAUAGCUAUUGCGAUAUCUGGAUCAGGCAGCAUUGAUACAUCCUCUGUAUCGAUUACAGUGAGACGUGGGACUGUAGUAUUUAUACCAGCUAACACAAGCUUGGACUUUAAAUGCGGCGGAGAAGACAAUGAAAUAUACAGAGCAUAUUGUAUACUGAAAGAGUAAUAGGUAUAGGUUAAUUUUAGAAAUUUAUGGGAAAAAACUCGAAUAUAAGACCGGGAGGGACAUUUUCGGAGGAGGAGGGGCGGGACGGAGAGGGAAUGGACUUGGUUCCGUAGCAGGUUAAUGUUAUUUUAUACCAUUUUCUGUCAAGGACAAAAACGAUCUAUCUCGCGGGUGUUCUCACAGAUGCUCUUCCCGAUAGCGUGUUCCACCAAAUGUCGUUUUUUAAACUACCUGCCAAGAUUGCAUGGAUAGAAUUAACCUUCCAAAUUGAUUAAUGAAACUAUGAACUGAAUAAUGAAAAGACAGACUACCCUAUGUGGCAAAAACACUUUUUAAUUGCUGGUUUCUAGCUUCAAUUGGCGGACUAUUUCGUAAAAAUCAGUUUCAUGUGAUAUUGAAACCAUUCUUUUAAGCUUCUAGUAUAAGGUCUAGGCACUGAAACGUUAGUGGAAAACCUCUUUUAAAAAUAGUGUAACACCUAAAAAUAAUUACUAUUGGGAUGUCCGGGA